AUGCUGAACUUCCUUCUGCCAUUUCAAAAGGACACUCCCCAAGUGGCGUUGUCUAAAUAUCUGGAGGAAUUAAAGAAAGAAGUCUGGCGCGCGGCCAUAUACGGCGAAGAUGGCAAAGUUCGAGAUGUUUUUGCGAGACUUCACUGCAGAUCUAAUUCCCCUGGUGACCUCGAGGCAGGGGAGAACCCACCCGCCCCGACCCAGUUUGAAGAACUCAUCGGGAGGCUUGUCUAUCGGGAUUUAGACGUCUGGGAUCUAAGUUCUUCGAAACUGCAAUGGGCCACCGAAGUACAAAUAGAGGAAGUAACCACGGAACUGGCCAAUUUAUGGCACAUUCUUUCCAAAAAGGAAGAAGAGGCUAUUCGGAAAUACUCUGGAGAUUGGAUGAGUGCGGCCGGCAUGCAUUCCAUCCUGAGCAUUGCUAUUAUCCGUAACCAGAAGGACAAUGUGUCUUGCCUUCUUGAGACUUCGAAAAUCGACCUUCACACUACCUGCGGGGUCACUGAAAAAACAGCAUUGCAUUAUGCUAUAAGGUUCGGAUACUGGGACUUAGCAAAGAUGAUAUUGAAGAGUUCUUCGACGCCCCCAAUCUUGUACAUUAACACCGGCAACUGGAUGCAAGAUACAGCUCUCCACGAAUUGGUGAUGUGUUGUAUUUCUCAGACAAAAUUCGAUCCAGACUGGAUUUUCGACAACAGCAAUGAGCAUACUAUCCUUGAGCUGCUUCUUGGAUGCGGAGCGAAUGUUGACGCCAUCAAUUAUGCAUGCACAACUCCUCUUCAUAUGUUGGUCUCAAGUUACGUGGACGCUAGUGUUAAAUCUCUUUUACAAUGUCUUCUCGAUGCGGGGGCCGAAGUCAACACAAAAGAUCGCGAUGAAAACACCCCCCUCCACAGUGCUUGUAAGAUGCAAGACAAAGAAACCAUCCUGAAAUUACUUGGCUUCGGAGCUGACAUGAAUUGCCAAAAUAACGAGUGGAAGACUCCACGUGAAGUAUUUCAAUCGGUUCCAACACACGAUCAAGAAUUUGCAGACCGCAGACUUUCAAGGCUCCAGCGCAGUAUUCCACGCCACAAAAAAGACAUCGCUCGUGUAAAACGCUCAGGACCGAUGUCCAAGGAGAAGUCAAGGGUUUGUAAAAACUUUCCAAUCUAUUUGAGUUAUCGAGGAAGUCAAUUUCUCCCCGAUGUUGCUGGCCGCAGUUCCAUGUCCUGGACGGCGAAAGAUAUGAAGGUGUCCGAUGUUCUAUAUGCGCCGGAAAGUGCCCAUCCUCCGAGCUUCCUGAACAGCAUUGAGACAAGAUUCGUGGAAGACGUUUGGUAUGAGCUUUUUAUCGAGAGGACUCGGAAAGAUCAGCAAACUAUCCCCAGCCAGCCCACGGACGAGACGCGAAGAAAUGAAAUUCAGAAUACGCAACAAAAUGGAUCUGGCUCACAAGAGAAGAUAUAUGCUACAAAAGAGCAGCUGCAAAAGACAAUAGCAGAACACUGUUACCGAUGGAUGAACUUUCCUGCGAACAACAUGUCAUGGAUCAAAGAUUUCAUUAUUCAGAAUACUAAUGUUGAGAAUCACGCGGAAACGAUGCAAUUCUUCACAGACAGUAUUAAAGUUCGCGAAAGCACCAAUCUUGGGGCUCUACUUCGAACACCCCAUGCCAAGGCGGAACAAGGAAUGAUAUCAGUUGUAAUUCCCUUUUUGGACUUCGAAACGUUAGGGAGUAUGUCAAUUGCUAAAAGAAAAGUCCAGGAGCUUGAACAGGCGUACUUUCCAUUCACAGGAAUGGAUGGUCUUCAGGUACCGCAAACGCUUGAUGAGACAUCCAACAAGACCGGACGCCUUAAAACAUUGGGGACCAAGGAAAACCAAGUAAUUUAUAGGUGGUCUGAGAGACCCUGGCUAGCGACUAUGAAGCAGGAAACCGAGCGAUAUAUGUACGACCCUAAGCAACAUUUCGCGGACUUGUUACCCUGGCUUUUAUCAAAACUUUGGCCAAGAAUGGAAGAAAAAUAUCUAUUCGCAGCCGCAGAGAAGAUGACACGGAGACGCGCCGAACAGAAGAUGGCAAAGAGAGGAGAGGAACCUCAGAGUAUCCAGACUGGCCUUCCAGUUCAAACGAGGGACGGAAACAACAUACCGAAUGCAUCUAGAAUGCAAAAUAUUCGCAAAAGCACUGGUUCGAAGUGGCUGGUAGUUCGCCAGCUCUGGCUUUAUAAGCUAGAUAACAGUAUGUAUUCUUCCACUGGCCACUACCACACUUCAAAGUUUCUGAAUUAUUACCUCCUAACAGAGACCAUCUUGACUGCAAUACCGUUACGGAAGGGUUCCAAUGGAGCUGAUGAUCUGUUGGAAACCAUACGACAAAAGAACUCGGACGAAAUCGAAACUGCAGAUGAGCUGAUGAAACGUAUUAUAAUGGAAGCUGUGAACUUUCCCGAAGAGUUCCGAUGGGCUGGACUCGGUGAACACAUUCUCGACAUAUUCCAAGGCGAGAUCACCUUAGAGGCAAAUGAGGAAUUGCGUUUCUUCAACGACUUUAACAAUGCGGAUUGGAAGCCCGAAAAUGUCUACAAGGCUAUCCAAGAAGCUGCUAAGUCUACUUGGCAACUGAAAGACAUCCGAGAUGAACUCGGCCUGAUCCGACAAGUAUUUGAGACCCAGAAGAAGGUUAUGGAGGAGUUUGUAAACAUUCUGGAAGGGAAGUCAAGGAGGUAUGGGGAUGAUCUCGAUGAGCUCCUGAUUAUCGAAGAGAUGAUCAAAAGGACAUGGGACAUGGACAAGGAAGCUUCAUCCAUCCUCGAGGGGCUCAGCAGUAUCACCCAAGCAAUGCAAGCUCAAGCAUCACUUAAAGAGGCCGAGACUGCGCGUCUAAUGAAUCUUAUCAUCCUACCAUUUACUGUGGUUACUGUGGUUUUUACCCCUCUUUCAUUCAUGACAAGCCUUUUCGCUGUCAAUUCGGAUGGCUUUCCACACAAUGAGGAUGGAGAGCUCAGACUGCCUUGGUCAUGGUUGAAGUGGAGAUUGGUUGUCGGCGAAGCAGGGACAUUAAUACCUCUCUUGAUUUUGAUAAUGUCGAUAUAUUACUAUCAAGGAGGUAAGCGGUACGGCAAACAACAAAAGAAGCUCUCUUAA